AUGCAGUCAAAUGCCGGGGAUGACCAGACACUAACGACUAAGCCCCGUCUCCAGCGUGGUGGGAGCUCCGCAUCUCUGCACAACAGUCUAAUGAGGAACAGCAUUUUCCAGCUUAUGAUCCACACUCUUGAUCCACUUGCUGAAGAGCUUGGAUCAUAUGGAAAGCUAAAAUAUUAUGACACAAUGACUGAAGAAGGAAAGUUCAAAGAAAGAGCAUCUAUUCUUCAUAAGAUGGCCAAAAAGUGUCAGGUGGAGGACGGUGAAAAACGGAACGGAAGUGCUAAUCAUGCUGGUGCCCCAAACACUGCAAAAGUUGAAGUUGAAGUGACACCACCAAAUGAUGGAGCUAUGCAAAACGGAACGGCUGUUGGAGCAGAAGAGGAAGAGGAGGACGAAGACCAGCCCCUCAGCCUGGCCUGGCCCGACACGCCCCGCAAGCAGAUCACCUACCUGGCUAUUCUCCCCAUCGUUUUUCCAUUAUGGGCUACCCUGCCUGACGUCAGAAACCCUAAGUCAAAGAAGUUUUUCCCCUUAACAUUUUUCGGAUCGAUCUCUUGGAUAGCAGUGUUUUCUUACCUAAUGGUCUGGUGGGCACAUCAAGUGGGAGAAACCAUUGGCAUCAGCGAAGAAAUCAUGGGUCUGACCAUUUUAGCUGCUGGCACAUCGAUCCCUGACCUAAUCACCAGUGUUAUUGUGGCACGGAAAGGCCUGGGGGACAUGGCAGUGUCCAGCUCUGUCGGAAGUAACAUCUUUGACAUCACUGUGGGCCUUCCUCUGCCAUGGCUCCUCUACGCUGUGAUCAACAAUUUCGUCCCGGUGGCCGUGAGCAGCAACGGGCUCUUCUGCGCCAUAGUCCUCCUUUUCAUCAUGCUGCUCUUUGUCAUCCUCUCCAUUGCGGCUUGCAAGUGGAGGAUGAACAAAAUCCUGGGCUUCACCAUGUUUGGGCUUUACUUCGUGUUCCUGAUCGUCAGCGUCCUUCUAGAAGACAGGAUCAUCGUGUGCCCUGUGUCUGUUUGACAAGGAAGGAGGUGCCGCUUUCUUGAACAACACCCCCCCC